UCUACAGGACAUACUCGCAGAAUCAUGCUUUCAAACUCGUCUUCUGUGGGCGUAUUGACAUUGUCAACUCUAGAUCUUCAAUCUAGAUAUAUAUAUCCAUCAUUUGUGUUUGGGACUCUCAUCUAUCUGAUAAUUGUCUUUUGUAAUUUGCUGGUAUUGCUAACUAUCAUUGUGAGUAAAAAGCUCCACAAACCCAUGUUUAUUCUGCUGUUAAAUCUGCCCAUCAGUGACAUUGUGGGUGCAACGGCCCUUUUCCCUCACUUUCUUUUCAGCAUCAUCACUGAGAACAGACACAUUUCCUCUGAGGCAUGUAUCACCCAGGCUUUUUUUAUUCAUAUCUAUGGCACAGGUAAUCUGAUAAUCCUCAGUGCGAUGGCGUUUGACAGAUACAUCGCUAUAUGUUGUCCUUUAAACUAUAAUUCAAUACUGACAACCCAGAAUGUAAUCAAAAUUAUUUUUUCGGUAUGGUUUCUUGACGUGUUUAUGAUAUUCACCUUGUUCAUGCUAUUAACUCAAUAUAAAAUUUGCAGGAUGGAUGUUGUAGAUUUGUUUUGUAACUAUCCCUCAGUGCUGAAACUAGCUUGUGGUGACAUCACUUCGAGCAACUACUAUGGGAUGUUUACUUUAAUUGUAAUCAUGGGAUGUCCAUUGAUGAUUAUAUUGUACACCUAUGUUCAGAUUUUGGUCACGUGUAUAAUGACAAAUAACCCAGAUGGCAGGAGAAAGGCCCUUCAAACGUGCUGUACACAUGUGCUUGUAUUCCUUGUGUUGCAGAUCAAUGCAAACGCUACAUACAUCCUUCAUCGAAGUCAAAGUCAACUAACAGUUCUGAGAAAGGCCUUUGGAAUGUCUGUUGCAAUUUUUCCCUCCUUUUUGGACCCUUUAAUUUAUGGACUGAAUACCAGAGAAUUGAGACAAUGUAUAAUAAUGUUUCUGAGAAGAAAUGUGGGU